AUGUCCGACGUCGCAGCCCUGGAGGCCGAGGUCAAAGAAUUCAAGCUUCAGCUUGAAACUGUCCAGUCAAGCUUGCAGGUAGAACCCGAUAACACGGAACUGCAGAGUCUCCAAACUGAACUCGAAGAACUUAUAACUCUCACCGAAACUGCCAUUGCCGAGCUUAAGCCCGCCGCGCCCGUCCAGCCCCAGCCCGCCUCUCGAGACUCGUGGAAAAAAGACAAUGCCUCAAAACCAGCCGCAGAUAACAAAGACGAGAUUGUCCCUUCACAACCUGCCUCAUUCACCGUCAACGAGCACGUUCUCGCCCGCUGGGUCUCCGGAGACGGCUCCUUCUAUCCCGCCCGCAUCACCUCCAUCACUGGUUCCGCCAGUAACCCCGUCUACCUCGUUUCCUUCAAGUCAUAUGCGACCGUGGAGAACCUGACCUCCAAGGACAUCCGACCCGUCCAGGGAAAUGACAAUCGCAAGCGCAAGGCUGAUGGUCCUUCAGGCAGUUCGGCGUCUCCCUCACCCGCGCCGUCCAACGUGAUUUCGGCCGCCGCCGAUAUCAACCCAACGCUGGCCAAUCAGGCUCGCAACGAGACGCCCCAGGCGAGCGAUGCGCGUCCGGCAAAGGUGCCUCGCAAGGUCAAGGCGACCCGCGAGUUGGAGGAGGGCAAGAAUAAGUGGAAGGACUUUGCGGCCAAGACCAAGGGCAAGAGCAAGAGCAAGCUUGGCAAGAAGGAUAGCAUGUUUCGUACAGGCGACGGUCCUAACGCUCGAGUGGGAUUCACCGGGUCUGGUCAGACGAUGCGCAAGGACCCAACGCGGACGCGCCACAUCUAUCAGCAGGCUGAAGAUGAGGGCUACUAG